CCAAACUCUCAUCCAACUCAACUCGCUACGUGCCAGUAAAACUAUAACCGCAACCAUGGCUCCAGGAAAAUGGGACGAUGAGGAGGGGAGCUCUUCUCCUUCUUCUCCCACCGUCGCUCCUAUCGCCCGCCGCAGCAAGUUCGAGGAUGAGGAGGACGAUAGUGAUGUCCUAGAGUCAUGGGACGCCGCCGAGGACUCGGAAGUCGAGCGCGAGAAGGCAAAGAAGGCUGCCGAGGCCAAAGAGAAGGCGGAAGCUGAGGCCAAAGCAAACAAAAAGAGCAAGUCACAGCGCAUCGAGGAGCACAGGGAAGCAGCCCGCCGUCGACGAGAGGAGGACGGCGACUAUGACUCUGAGGACUCUGAGGACGAGGCCGAACGACGCGCACGUCUGCGACAGCAGGAAAUUGACGGCUCGCGCGCUCAAGCCGAGGAACUCUUUGGCGACCUCAGCAACAAGCGCGCCAGCAAAGCCGUCACCCUGACCGACGAGAGCGACCCAGGAAAGUCUAUCGACCUAUCCACGCUGCACAUCUUCAACCCAAACACCAAGGACCAGUUCACCAAGCUGCGCGAUACACUCGUGCCGCUGCUCGUCAACAACUCGAAGAAAGGACAAUACUCGCUGUUCCUGCAGGAGUUCACCAAGCAGAUUGCAAAGGAACUGCCCAGCGAGCAAAUUAAGAAGAUUGCUAGCGGGCUGACGACGCUGAGCAACGAGAAGAUGAAGGAAGAGAAGGCGGCAGAGAAGGGCGGGAAGAAGACCAAGGCUGCCAAGACCAAGUCCAGCUUGGUUGCUACGAGGGAUGUCGGGUCCCGGGCGGAUACCCAGGCGUACGAAGACGACUUUGGAGAUGAUGACUUCAUGUGAAGAAAAAAUAGCAUUCCCUUUAGCAUAUUGGCCCUUCUUCACGCUCGAGACAAGACGCAUCUGCCGAGCAACCACUACACUUGUUUACAACAUCUACGGAUUGAUGGUCUUGCCCCUCGCGUCGACCACCUCAUAGACAGCAUCUGGCUAUCCAGAUUAAAUUUUCCGAUGUUCCUUUUUUGACCGUUUUCUG